AUGGACCUGAGUAUGAAAUUGCGUAAUUUAUUCCUGGUGAUGGAUGCUAAGAAGGAAGGCGUUUUGAACGAGGCGUCGGUGGUUUUAGCUCUUCAAUCCAUAGGAUUUGUAGUUCCCAACGACGUGAAGUCGUCAGUUUCCCCCAUGAACUGCACGGAAUUUAUCAAUUUUGGCACUCAGCUGGCCAAGAAAUUACCCUCCGACGGCGGCGUCGGGGACUUAUACUCGUCACUCGCCGGCUCCAAGUCAAAGAAAGUUGAAAUGGCCGAAGUACGCCAAGUCAUGGAAACACUCAAACUCACAAACCCCUCAGACCUAGACGUUCUCUCCUCACUCUUAGAUCCCAGAAACUCCGGGUACCUCGAAUACGAUUCUCUCCACGAAGCCUUUAAAACCUAA